UAUGCAGAGACAAUGAGGAAAGCAAGUUCUGAUGUUGCACAUACUGGAUGGGUUCAAGGUUGUGAGGCAGUGUGGCAGGCCCCUGUGCUCUUGACCAGUGGUCGCAACAACACCAGCAGAAGAUUCAGCGCUACCUCCGAUAGUGGAGACACUGGAAUAGGCACUUCAAGCUCAGACAGCAUCGAAGAGCACUCAAGUGGAAUAUCAUCCUUCAAACCAAUCCGAUCACACGUUGCCAUCCCUACAGCCCAUGUCAUGCCUUCUACCUCUAAUCCCUCGCUAAGCAGACUUGGGGAAAAGGAUGAUGGAGCUCCCUGUACUAAAGUGAACCUUUCCAAGAUGUUGCCUAGCAAGUCACAAAAUGUUUUUACUCGGAACCCAUCCUUGGACAUGAAGGACCCCCGACCCAUCAGGAAAUGGUCGUCCCUCUCCAAGCUCAAUGGAACGGGGAAGGAGAGUCCUGACUGCGAGUUUGCUGGCAAUGGAAACUCUGCAAACUGUAUGGCCACUGUAACAAAUUUCAAUGUUAAGCCUAGUACAUAUGGGGAAACUGAGCUGGACAACUUUACAUAUCGCAACAGAGAAUGUUCAAAAACCCAGGAAACAAAGCGAUGGGAUACAUCUACCAAAGAGUUCUGCCAGAGCCAGUAUCCCAUUUCUGAUGGGCAGUACAAAUUUGAGAGUUUUUAUAAUGCUGCAGGUGACUCCUCUUUGUCAUCAUCCUCACCCAGCAAAAAGCGUUCAGACUUACCACUCAGUGCCUUGACUGCAACCAAAGCCAUCCCAGACGACCUGGAGACUUACAGACCGAGACGUGGCUUUAUGUCUUGGGAACACAAGCCCGCCUGUGGCGCAACAACUCCUUCUUCUCUGAGGACUCAGCGGUGGCUUAGUGACCAGAUGCAGGCCACUGCUCUUGGCCUUGGCCCCACUGAAGACUCUUGUGCAUUUACAGGUUGGCAGCAGAAACAGCCGCAGGAGCAGCUGAGGCAAGAAACCGAUCAGAAGCAGAUGCACACUAAGUCACCAUUGCAGGUUUCAAUGGUGUACCCCACCCAGUUAGACCAUGACCCAUGUCAAAAGGAUGCACAGUUAAAGAUAAAGGAGAGUCUGCUCAGAAAAAAGGACAUGAUUAUUGAACGCCAGGAGCAGCAAAUCUUCCAGCUUCAGCGAAAAAUACAAGAAAAUGAAUUACAAGUACAAAAGGCAUUUUUGGAGCAUGUCGACCCUGUACUCUUGCUGAAAACACAGCAGCUUCAGCCUCCUUGUGAGAAUGUGAGACAUUCACAGCUUACAGAAAUGUCCAAAGUGGUUGACUGUGGAAAAAAGGAUCUACAGCAAAGGCUGUCGGUUGCUGAACUUGAAAUUGUACGUCUCAAAGAAAAUCUCAAGAAAAAUGCACAAAAAUACAUGGAAGAUAUGAAGAGAAUUGAAGAGAAGAUGAAGGCACGAGAGAAGUAUAUUAGCAGCCUGAAAAAGAAGAUGCAAAAGGAAUCUGAGCAAAGUCAUGAACGGCAACAGAGGAUAGAAACUUUGGAGAAAUAUCUUGCAGACCUGCCCACCCUAGACGACUUUCAGAGCCAGAGCCAACAGCUUACAAUCCUGGAAGAGAAAAAUGAACAAUUUCAGAGUGCCUUCAAAGAUUUUGAGAGAAAACUAGGAGAAAAUCGGGUCCUUUGCAGAGAGAAGGAGGUCCUUCUGGAAAACUUGAAAAAAAGGGAGAAGGAAUUGGUCACUACUGUGCAAAGCCUACAGCAGAAGGUAGAAAAGUGCCUGGAAGAUGGAGCUCGGCUUCCCAUGCUGGACAUGAAGCAACUCCAGAAUGAGAAUGACUACCUCAGGAAAAGGUGUGAACAUGCCAGCAAGGUGAUUGACAAUCAAGAACAGCAAAUAGAAAAGUCCAACCUGGAGAAAAAGGCUUUAGAGGAAAGGUUGGCACAAGAAAAGUUCGCCUCACAGAUGUUUCGGAAGGAACUUGGAGAGACACAGAGAAACCUGCAGCUGUUGAAAGACCUCAUGGAAGACAAUUCAUCAAAGAACCAAAGGACAGCGGAAGAAAACUCAAAUUUAGAAGAACGAUCACAGGAAACUGAGAAGCACAAGCACUCCUCAGCUGACGAGAGAAGAGCCAUCCAGAUGGUGCUGAAGGAAAUGUCUAAUUGCCUGCGUGAUCUGCAGGCACUGUGCAAUAUUCUUACUCAGAGAGCACAGGGAAAGGAGCCAAAUCUUUCACUGUUACUUGGGAUACAAUCUUUGCAGUGUUCGGGUGAUGAAGAGAAUAACCACAGUGAUGAAUUUCUUUCAAAGAAGCUAACCGAUGUCUAUCAAUUACGGAAAGAUAUUGACGAAUUACGGACCAUAAUAUCUGACCGAUAUGCUCAGGAUAUGGGUGACAACUGUAUUACUCAGUGACAGCAUUUUUAUCUUGUAAGCACUUUUAUCCUGAGGACUUUCAUUAAAUAGCCAUAAAGCAGCAUUGCAACUAAUGUCUGAAUGAGCCAAGAACGAAGCUUUGUUGAAAGAUGGUGUUAUGGAAUGUACAAAUAUUUAACUCUUGGUUCUUAACCCCACACCCCAACCUAAAACUACUGAAGGUAAAAACUGAUUCCGACAAAUCUGAUUUAAAUUAAAGCUAUUUUAUUUGAUUAAGAGACUGUAUUUGAAUCUAGUGAUACAACUCAAUAUAUUUGAGUUGGCUAUGUGGCAUUGUUCAGACUGGUGAAUUUGACUUUAGAUUUUAACUUUCAAAAGUUUGAACUUUCAAGGGCUUAAAUGCCAAGCAGGCACAGAACACAACUGAUUAGGAAACUGUGAUUUAAUCCCCAUUUUUUUUAAUGGAGUUAACCUGCAGAAGAUUGAAGCUUUACAAUUUGCUAAUAUAAUAAGAACUGAGCUUCUGUGCAGCUCUUGGACUUGGUUAUGAUGUUUGAUUUUGCUUCACCAAGGUUGAUUAGUUGUUAAUAUUCAAUGCCUACCUUGCACAUUAGAGUACUGACUUAAAGUGCCAGAGAUGUGCAGGUGCUUCUGUAAAUUAAGACACAUCCUCCUUGAAAGGAAGGGUGAAACACUGGAAACAUUGUUUUACUUAAAGUGUGGAAGAUACCUAUUUGAACAAUUAACUUGUGUAGUUGAUCUGAAAACAAACUAUGAACAUAAUCUGAUCAUUGCUGGGCAAAGUUAUCUUCCAAGUCACAACAAUACUUGGGUUUUACUAGAUAAUACCAAGUAAAAAUCCAUCUCCACACUCUGCUUAUUUUUAUGGUAAGAUCACCAGCCUCAGAAUUUCACUCACUUUUUCAAAGAAGAGUCCUUCAUAGUCAGCACUGAAUAACAGGCUGAAUGACGUCUGAAAACACACCAAGCUGGAAUGAUCAAAUCUUGGGGAGAGCAACUUGUGUAAACUAUAUACUAAAAAAAAUAGAAACAAUUCACAGUUCAUUGUGAUUUACUAUAUAUGGUAUUCUCUCCGCACUUGCUGCAGCCAGUAAUUGACUGAAAAAAAUGUUGGAAGUAACAAAGAUUAUUUUCUAAAUAAUAAGGGUUUAGGAACACAGAAAUGUUCACUGAUUAGCUUAGGAUUAGAAUUAACACAAGCACUGAAAAUUACAUCAGCCCUAAAGCAGAAAGGUUAUCUAUAGCAUCCUUCUAAAUAGAAGCAAAAAGUUACUACGAUUAGACUCGUAGUGAGAAAGAUCAAAAUUUUUCUUUUCCCAUAAUGGUUAAACACCAAAGAGUAUAGAUCUGUAUUUGAAGUCAUGUGGGAAUGUAAUUCGAGCUCUGCUACUUUAAUUGGUUUAAAGACAAAUUUAAUAUUGACAUAGAAACAGAUGUAGUUAUAUAAAAGAUCAGCUCCAGAUAGGAAUAUGCAUAAUGAUCCAAAGUUCCAAAGUACGUUAUUAAACUAACACUGGAACAUGUUCUGUUUUGUAUAAAAGUGAAAAGUAGGAAAAUAUUUGCAAACUCUCAAUGCUACUUUAUAUGAAAUGAAAGGCAAGAUUAGUAGAUCAGGUUAGCUACUUGCUUUGUAGGGUAGUUCACUGAGCUUGGAGGUUAACUUGCUAACGUUUCACCUCCAGUUCAGGUGAUAUCAGAGUGCAAUUGAGUGUUUCUGCUGAGUGCUCGUGUAUAUAUUGGUCUGACGCGUUGUUCUGAUUGGGUGCUGUCUCACUGGCCGCCAGUCUCCAAUAGACCCAGCAGAGACGAGCGGCCAGUGUGACAGCACCCAAUCAGAACGGGUCAGACCAAUAUAAACAUGAGCUCACGGCAGAAACAACACUCAAUUGCGCACCGAUGAUGCCACCUCAAUUGGCGACGAAACAUUUGCAACUGAACUUCCAAGCUCGGCAAACAGUCCUGCAAGCAAACUGCGUCAUAUAGUGGAAGGACAGAGCAUUAGUCAUCAGUGCUUAAUGAUGGAAAAUAUUCGGGGAAAAAAAAAGCACAGGGAUAACUAUUGGAUUUUCUUCUUCUCUUAUGAGAAGGCACAGGCAUCUGGUAUCUUUCAUCCCACAGAUGAGAAAAAUAAAUCAGCAUAUUGGGGAAAAAAUGGUAUUGCUUUUGGUGCAUCAAUAGUCUGCAACACUGUGUGCCAUUGCAAAUGGAAAUUGAUUAUGCCUAGAGCAAAAGAGUAAAUAAUUAAUUGGUUCUUUCCACAUCACCACUGCAAUGCUUUUUUAAUUUAGUAUAGCAAAUUGGAUUUCGAGAUUGUUUUCUUUUUAAACUAAUAAUUAGACAAAAAUCACUCUAGAAAGAGAUGACUUGCUAAGUAAACAGAGUGACGGUGAUAAAUAUAUUUGUUAUUUUGAACAAAAUUCUACCAAAGGAAUUGUGGAAUAUAAAUUAUAAAAAUGCUUUGGGUGUUCUAAUUUUAUAGCAUAGAAAACCAUUGACAUUUUCUGCUUUGGAAUUCAUACUGCGGCAAUCUAGAAGUAUGUGAAAUAACCAAAAACGCUGUUCCUGUGUAAUGAUAAUGAUACCUUUCUACUCAUCUCUCCACAUACUACACACAGGCACUUGAUUAUGAACUGAGAUAGAACAUUUAAAUACUUAGGAAAAAUAUUUCACUUUGACCUGGUGUUGAUUCCAAUUGAUUCCAAUAUGUAGUAUAGCUUCCGUUCUCACAGAGGCCUCUUGUCCAAUUGGUUACAUAAGCUCGCCAUCUUUUUCUGCAUAUAUUCUUCUUCUCAAAGUAGUCUUUCUGAUCACCUUUUCCAGAAUUUCCACUGUAUAUCUACACUUUUCUUAAUGUUACCACAUAUUAUUCAGCCUAAAAGGUCAGAAAGCGAAUCUCUCUCUUUUUUGUAUUCUUGGAGUCUGUCAACAUGCCUAGUUUUAUUGGAUUAGGCAACACGAGAAACAAGUUUCUGAUUUUUUUUCGAAAUCAUUAACCAUGCCAUAUUGUAUGGCGUAGGUGAUCAUGGUCUCACGAUCAUGAAUGUUCUUGGCAAAUUUUUUCUUCAAGUGCUUUGCGAUUGCCUUUUUCUUGGCAGUGUCUUUUUGCAAGGCAGGUGACAUCAGCCAUAAUCAAUACUCUUCAGAGUAUUCUGCCUGGCAUCAGUGAUCGCAUAACCAGGAUU